GCCGCGCAUAAGGCGCUGGCCCUUUGACCUUUGGCUGCGAGCAGCAAUGGCGGACGGCGAGGUGUCCAAGUGCUGCAGAAACCGGGGCGGAGUCCAGCGGGUCGAGAGCAAGCUCCGGGCAAGCGUCGAGAAGGGCGAUUACUAUGAGGCGCACCAGAUGUACCGGACGCUUUUCUUCCGGUAUAUGUCACAAAGUAAACAUGCCGAAGCUAGAGAACUUGUGUAUUCUGGGGCGUUGCUGUUCUUCAGUUACAGUCAGCUAAACAGUGCUGCUGAUUUAUCUAUGCUAGUUUUAGAGUCCUUGGAAAAGUCCGAAGCAAAGGUUGCAGAUGAACUCUUAGAAAGUCUUGGUAAACUUUUCAGUCUAAUGGAUCCAAACUCACCUGAAAGAGCAGCAUUUGUAUCCAGAGCACUGAAGUGGUCUAGUGGAGGUUCAGCAAAACUCGGACACCCAAAGUUACAUCAACUGUUGGCAGUCACACUAUGGAAAGAACAAAACUAUAGUGAAUCUCGGUAUCACUUCCUUCAUUCAGCAGAUGGGGAGGGAUGUGCAAAUAUGUUAGUAGAAUAUUCUGCAUCAAAAGGUUACCGGAAUGAAGUGGACAUGUUUGUGGCUCAGGCAGUCUUACAAUUUCUUUGCUUAAAAAAUAAAAACACUGCAUCACUGGUCUUCACAACUUACACAGAAAAGCAUCCCUCUAUAGAAAAGGGGCCUCCAUUUUUACAGCCCUUGUUAAACUUUAUUUGGUUCUUAUUACUUGCUGUUGAAGGGGGGAAACUAACUGUUUUUACAGUGUUAUGUGAACAGUAUCAGCCAUCUUUGAAAAGAGAUCCAAUGUACAUUGAGUAUCUCGAUCGAAUAGGUCAGAUCUUCUUUGGAGUUGCACCAAGGCAGACAUCUUCAUAUGGGGGAUUAUUAGGUAACCUUUUGAACAGUCUGAUGGGUACAGGAGACGAAGAUGAAUUGGAUGGAGAAGGACCGGAAGAUAUCAAUCCCAUUGAUCUCGACUAAGAAGAAAAUUAACCUUCUGAUCUAAAGGUCUAGAGACAAUAUUCCACUGAGGUGUCUAAUGAUUGAUCUGCUUACACAAGAAGUAUAAACAGCUAUACCAUGGGACGUUUUAUAUGACAGUUUCAUAGCUGAAUGUCUGCAAAGGGCUCUCUUUCCCUUUCUACUGAAGGAGGUGCAACAAGUAAUUUCCUAUUACUGUCUAUUGGAAAUGCUGUAUUAUUUAUGUUCAGUAGAUAUUUCAUGAUUUAAAGAACUGGUUCCAAUUGGCUGUGUGUUGACUGAUGUAAAGUUUUGUCUUUCUAGAUUAUUUUACAUAAGAUUUAAAUACUUUACAGCUUUGUACUAGGAUACUGUACAUUGGCACUACACGUGGGUAGUCUCAGCUAUGAUGUAAAACCACUAAGGAAAUUCUGCCAAGAAGAGGUGAGACAUCUCCAAUUGCUAAAAUUAGCUCUUGUAUAACACAUCACAGUGGUUGUCAAUAGGAACAAAAGAAAAGCUGUAGGGAUCAGCAGCACUUGAUUUAACCUACACAAUUGGUGUAGCUUUUGCGCACAGAUUACAAAGGAUCAUGCACAAAAAUGGGCUUAAUUAUUUCUGAACCAAUAAACUUCAUUAAAGGAGAUUGUUGUCACCUUGACUUUAUUUGAGGUGGUAAAUUAUAUUCUAAGUAAUACAGCUGCUACAAAAUAUUGUAAAUACGUCUGGGCAGGUUCUGCAUGUUUCAAGUUUGCAUGCAAGAAACUUUAAGCAUUGACAGUUCAAGUGCCACAAUGUGUUUAAGAAAUUUUGCACGAUGUACACCUAAAUCAGGAACUAGAUUAUUUGUCUUGUGAAAUGCAGAGACCUAAUUAGAUUGGAACCAGUAACAUACAAAAUUUUAAAAUAAUUAUACAUUAUGCUUUAUAGAUCUGAUAACCAUAUCCAGCUAUUUUUCACCAAGCACUAUCUGUAAUUCAUGUAUGUGAAAUGUUCGGAAAGGUUAAAUCCUAAAGGGAUUAACUGGCAGCAAUUUAAACAGCAGAAUUGAAUUUGAUUCUUUAGUGAUAUUUUUGUGCAGAAGGAUUGCACUGUUGCUCUUUUAAUACUUGUAUUUAUCAUUAAAGAAAAGUAAUUAGUUUCUUUGUUUGAUACAAAGUUG